AUGGCAUCAAGUUCCUCCUCUGGUGUUAUGGUUUCUUCUGGUGAUAAAGCUUUCAGCUAUGAUGUGUUUCUAAGCUUUAGAGGCGAAGACACUCGACAUUCUUUUACUGAUCAUCUAUACCAUAAGUUAAUUCAAGCAGGAAUAUGUACCUUUAGAGAUGAUAAAGAAAUCAACAGAGGUGAAGAGCUAAAACCUGAAAUUGAGAAAGCAAUCAAAGCAUCUAGGUCCUCAAUAGUUGUAUUGUCAGAGAAUUAUGCAACUUCCACUUGGUGCCUAGACGAGCUUCUGCUCAUCCUACAGCAAAGGAGGGAGUGCAAUCAUUUUGUUCUACCUGUUUUUUAUUACGUUAAGCCCACAGAUGUUAGAAAAAACAGACAAAAGUUCUAUAUCAAAGUCAAGAAGACUUCUUCAAGGUGGACAUAUCACAAUGUAGAACAGUGGAGGACAGCUCUUAGGCAGGUUGGUGAUUUGACUGGUUUGGAGCUUUCCGGGUCUCAAGCAAGCUUUUUGAAUAAAAUUGUUGAUACAAUAUACAAUAACUUAGAUCGCAAAGAAGUUCAUCUUCCAUUCCAUUUAAUAGGGAUGCUCAAUCAUCAUAAGGAGAUAAAUUCUUGGUUACAUCAAACCAAUAAUGAGUAUUUAGUAAUUUACGGUAUGGGUGGAAGUGGCAAGACAACGCUGGCAAAAUAUGUAUACAAUAUGAUUCGAAGAUUUUUUGAAUCUGUGAGUUUUGUUGAAGACAUUGGUAACAUAUGUAAAGGACCCAAUGACAUACUUCAAUUCCAGAAACAACUUCUUGAAGAUAUUUUAGGCGGGAAAAAUAGAAAAAUACCUGGUGUUUCUCGAGGUACGUGUAUGAUAGAGGAGGCUUUGCAAAUGAAAAGGACGCUCAUUGUUCUUGAUGACAUUGUUGAACAUAGUCAGCUAGUUGCUUUACUUGGAACCGGGAGAAUUAAUGCCCAAAGCAAGAUAAUAAUUACAACGAGGGUAAAUACAAAUAACUGGCCAUUAAUGAGGUGUAAAAUGUAUCCAAUGAGACUACUGAACGAUGAUGAAUCAUUACAGCUUAUAAGGCUUCAUGCAUUUGGAUCCAAAAUUCCAAAUUUGCCGCUGAAUGUUGAUCCGUUUCUUAUACUAGACGGAGUAAAAUAUUGUGAAGGAAAUCCACUCGCUCUCGAAGUGUUUGGAUCAUCUAUGUUCAAGAACAAUACCAUCUCACAUUGGAAAAGUCAUUUGAGUUUACUGGAAAAAGAUAUGGAUUCUCGACUUCAACAUGGAUUAUGUUGUAAAGAUAUUGGAACCUGA